AUGGCGUCAAUUGUUAAGCACUACUUUCUCAAAGCAUCUCAAGUAGUAGGGUAUUCCAAGCUCUACAACUUCAGUCUUUGGUUUAUCUUUGCUGGUGCGCUUCUGGGAUUUGCGCUUGCACGUCUACAGUAUCUCCAUGCCGGCACUUACGCAAAAGGAGCCGUUCCAGGGGAAUGGUAUUACGCGCAUGCCGGUCGGGAUCGGGUCGGGAUCUUCCUCCAUCUCGGAACCAUAUUGCCCUGUGCGAUUCUCGUGGUCUUCCAAUUCGUCCCCAGAAUUCGACAACGAUGCGUCAUCUUCCAUCGCACCAAUGGCUACAUAGUCAUCUUCCUCCUCCUGGCGUCGAACGCCGGCGCACUGAUGAUCAUGGACCAUGCGUUUGGUGGUGGAAUGGACGUUCAGACGUGGGUGGUCACCCUCGUCGUUGCAUGCACACUCAGCGUCGGCAUGGCGUGGUGGAACAUUCGGCGGUUGCAAAUCGAGCAGCAUCGUGCGUGGAUGUUGCGAACCAUGUUUUACAUGGGAUGCAUCAUCACCACGAGGCUUAUCCUGGUGAUUCUGGCGGUUGCCGUCACCCGUUCAUCGUCCCCGAGAUACGGCGUUUGGCCCUGUGGGAAAAUCCGCUUUACGUAUCAGCAGCAGCACGUUUCCGACGAUGUGGACGCGCUCUUGAAACAGCGAUAUCCCGAUUGCGCGUUUACGACUGCCGCGAAUUUGAGCUCAACCUUUACGCCUAUCAGUGCGAGUCUGUUCGCAGAAGACCCUGCGCGGAACGGUGUCGCGUUUAAUUUGAGCUUUGGUGCUGCGGCGUGGGUAGCGUUCUUCCUGCAUCUUGUUGGGGUGGAAGUUUACCUUCGUCUUACGCCGAGGGAAGCUGAGCGGUUGCGGAUGGUGAGUUAUGAAAGGCAGUUUGCGGCUGGGUAUAAGAAUCCGGGGAGUGCGGGCUUGGUGGUUGAGAGAUGGGGAGAUGCGAAAGCUUGGGGUGGGCAGGGCCGGUUGCCGUUGGAGGACAGCCCGUUUGCACGGUAG